UAAAAAAUGAGUUUAAAAUCUAUGACUCUCCAGUUAAGAAGUGUGUUUUUAUUGUAUGUGAAGAUUCUAUUAGAGAGUCAGUUUAAAUAUUAAACUUGCAAGAUGACUGACGGCGUUUUUUUCAUAUGACUUUUUUCAUUUAACAUUUUUUAAAAAGUUUUAUGAAGUACAAGAGCAAAAACAAUAAUUAAAAAACUUUAUGUUAUUGGUUUGCCAUUGCGUUCUACUUUCUACUUGAAAUAAGUUGUCAGAGAUGGCUACUUUCUUUUUACGUAUCUGCGUUUUAUAUGAAAUUCUGCAUUUCGUUUUCAGUUCUUCGCCAUUUCCAGCCUCCGCUUAUUAUUGGCCAAUGAAAGCAACCAAUAACAGUUUUAUGUUAGAUAUAGAAACUCAUACACAGGCAGAUUUAUAUGACGUAACAUUUAUAUCUGUAUCACGAUUACAACAUGCUGCUUCGCUUAGAGGACAAGGACUUCAAUGGAUCGAUAUAGAUGCAGGCCUUAUUAAAGAUUGUUUGGCGUUUCAAUUUUCUUCAUGUGACAAUGAUCAGUCUAUAUCUAUUGCAUUUUGGAUACGUUUGCGAAACGGAAGACGCGUUAUUUCAACAGGAAGUUAUACAAACUCUUCUUUUGGGCCUGGAAUACUAAUUUAUUUUGUUGCAGAAACUGAAACGCUUUAUGUUGAGUUUGCAAGUUCAGAGCGUCACUGGUCAGUUAACGUAAUUUUAAGAAAACAUAGUUGGUACCACGUCACUGUUGUGUGGAGCAUUGAUCAUGGGUUGCGUGUAGUUUUAGAUGGUCGUUAUAAAAACAAAAACUCAAAAGCGGAGGAUACUUCUGGAUUUUCGAAAAAAGUUUUUGGAAAGCCGUACACAAAAAUGAUGACUAUUGGACGACCAGAAGACAUGUCAAACUUAAAGUUAUAUGGGGAUUUUGAUAUUGCUCAUCUUGUAAUAUAUUUCAGAAGUCUCACUGAUUUAGAAAUCGGGAUUUUGCCAACAUUAGCAAUUUCCAAAGGGACUGAGCACGAUCUUUUAUGUUGCACUCAAAAGCAAAAUGAUCCAUGCUACAAAGAACCGUGUAUGAAAGUAGAAUGUCUCAAUUUAGAACAAAGCUAUACAGACUGUGUAUGCCCAGGCCUGGACCAUCCAAAAUGUCCAGCAUUUCCAUCAACUAUUGCACCAACUACAUCAUUAAAUUGUGCAAUUCAAUUUGAAUUGCAAGAUAAACUACCUUUAACUGGUUGUGGAAACAAUAUUUCAAGUGACGGAAAACCAACAUGUGGCUCUUCAUUUUGUUUUUACGGGAUUUGUGAAUAUUCCAAUAAUAUAGAAAUUUGCAAUUGUCCAAAGCAGUGCGAUUCAACCAUAUAUUCUCCUGUUUGUGGUUCAGAUAGUGUGACAUAUAAAAGUAUAUGCACCUUAAAGAAUUCUGCAUGCAUGCGUCAGAUGAAUGUCUCAGUUGUUAAUAUAGGACCUUGUGAGAGUCCACUUAUAAAUGCCACCUACUAUUGGCCGUUAAACGAAAGCAUUGUAUAUGAACGUGAGAAUGGUAAAAAUUUUCCAAUGUUACAUAACGGUAUACAACAAGUCAAAACACUACCGUUAGGUUCUGCUAUACGACUUGAUGGAAUCGACGAUUGGAUUGAGAUAAAAGAUAUUUCUGACCAAUGCAUUUUACACCUGGAGUGUGAAAAAAAUGGUCUCACUGUUAGCUUUUGGAUGAAUUUUACAAGCGGAGAUUAUAUUUUUGCUUCAGGGGGUUACGCAGGCUAUCCUGCAGUUCCUUAUGGAGUUAGACUUCAAAAAGAUCAUACCACUGGUUUUUUUAAAUUGGAAGUUUCUACAAAAGAAAAGAUAUGGGAACUAUACAUACCUCGCUUUCCGAAGAAUUGGUUUCACUUUGGAUUCACUUGGAGCAAAGAGUUGGGUCUUUAUCUUUAUUUCAACGCCGAAUUAAAAUAUUUUACCAAUAAUUCACGUGACGUAGAACAAUACCAUAUUAAUAAUGGUGAUUUAUACUCUACCAUUAAAAUUGGAAUAGACAACAACCGUGCUAUGUUUGGAAAGUUUGAAAUUGUACAUUUAGCAAUUUGGAAACAAUAUUUUGAGUCUCUCUCUAAAAUAUAUACGGCAAAUUUAAUGGUGGAUUAUGAGACAGAGAUCUGUUGCUACAAGUUGAAAGUAAAACCGUGUGAUGAGGAACUUAGGCUUCUAUAUGGAUCAAAAUGUAUAUGUCCGCAUUUCACUUUAAAAUUGAUAGAAGACUUGUGCAAGAAUCCGACCAGUGAUAAACAAGUUGCUGUUGGUUGCUAUGACUCAUUAGAUUGUAAAGUUUUAGUUAACAAUCAAGUUGGCUUUUGUACUGAUGAUCGAGAAUAUGCUGCUAGCAAAUGUGCUGCCUCUUGCAAACUUUGUGUUUCAAGUAUGUUGGCAUCUUCCGGACCCAGAGAGCAUUUCAGUAAAUCAACAUUGAUAUUCUCAUUAGUUGGAUGUGUUGGUGGUUUGAUUUUAUUAAUGUGCAUGAUGGUUUAUUUUUGGAGAGUUUACAGAACACGAUAUCAUGGUGCAUUUGUACCACCACUUAAAAAAGUGAGCUUACUCGAUGUCUCAAACGAUUACGAUGAUAAAUGGUCAGCGAGAUAUAUAGAUAAUUCUGCUUUCUAUAUAAAAGAUGUGCCACCUAAAAAAAGAGCACUACCGCUUAUACCAGCCAAAGUAAAUUCACAGCGUUAUCAACCCCCCGACUUUGAUUGAGCUUUUUAUUUUAUGAUCACUGUAGAAAUGACAUAAUUAAAAAAGAAAAUGGUCAACUCUAAUAGUUAA